CUUAAUGGCGCUAUAGGCGGAGUCUGUGGCUGAACGGUGAGCUCUCUCCAGCUGUUAUUCAAUAACGAGCACCUGGGCAAGAGGAAAGGAGUAGGGAGAAGGCUGUCCCUCAUUUGUUACGGUUAUCUACAGUGACCAUGGAGACCACCAGGAGACGACCGCAGCACAGUGCCAAUGGGAAAAGAUCUGAACAGAAGGAGCAGCUAGCACAGUGGGGGAGAGCAUGGGAGGUGGACUGGUUUUCCCUCAUUAGUGUAAUAAGCCUCCUUUGCUUUGCCCCUUUCAUUGUCUUCUACUUUGUGAUGGCCUGUGAUCAGUACGAAUGCUCCAUCACCCAGCCUGUGUUGGAUUUGUACCAAGGAGAGGCCACCCUGCUCUCCAUUUGGGCCCGGGCACCCUCCUUCUCGUGGUCAGCUGCUAAGAUCUAUGCCAUCUGGGUGAGCUUCCAGGUGUUCCUGUACAUGUGUUUUCCUGAUAUAACCCACAAGUUCAUCCCUGGCUAUGUUGGUGGUGUGCAGGAAGGAGCACGAACUCCUGCUGGCCUGAUUAACAAGUAUGAGAUCAAUGGACUGCAGUGCUGGCUCAUCACUCAUGCACUGUGGUUUGCCAACGCACGUUAUUUCCACUGGUUUUCUCCCACGAUCAUAUUCGACAACUGGAUCCCUCUGCUGUGGUGCGCUAACAUACUGGGCUAUGCUGUGUCCACGUUCGCUUUCAUAAAAGCGUAUCUUUUCCCCACCAAUGCUGAGGACUGCAAGUUCACAGGGAACAUCUUCUAUAACUACAUGAUGGGCAUUGAGUUCAACCCCCGCAUAGGCAAGUGGUUUGACUUCAAGUUAUUCUUCAACGGCCGGCCCGGCAUCGUAGCCUGGACUCUAAUCAAUCUGUCCUACAUGGCCAAGCAACAAGAACUCUACGGUUACAUCACCAACUCCAUGAUCCUGGUGAAUGUACUGCAGGCUAUUUAUGUACUGGACUUCUUCUGGAAUGAGGCGUGGUACCUGAAGACCAUCGAUAUCUGUCAUGACCACUUUGGAUGGUAUCUGGGCUGGGGAGACUGUGUUUGGCUGCCAUACCUCUACACACUACAGGGUCUGUACCUGGUGUACCACCCAGUCCAGCUCUCCGAUGCCCACGCCCUCACCGUCUUGCUGCUCGGCCUCGUUGGGUAUUACAUCUUUCGCUCCACCAACCACCAGAAGGAUCUGUUCCGCCGCACAGAGGGCUCCUGCUCCAUCUGGGGCCGCAAACCAACAUGGAUCGAGUGCACGUAUCGCUCAGCUGAUGGCGGCAUGCACCGCAGCAAGCUCCUGACCUCAGGCUUCUGGGGCGUGGCCCGGCACUUCAACUACACCGGUGAUCUGAUGGGCUCUCUGGCCUAUUGUGCCUCUUGUGGUUUCGGCCACAUGCUUCCAUAUUUCUACAUUGUUUACAUGACUAUCUUGCUGGUCCACCGCUGUGUACGCGAUGAACACCGCUGCAGCAGCAAGUAUGGCAAAGACUGGAAACGCUACACCGAUGCCGUGCCUUCCCGGCUAAUUCCUGGAGUGUUUUAGAGCGUGGAAGGGGUGGCGGAAUAAUGGGAGGAAGGAAGGGUGAGCAGGGAAAAGAUAAAUAAAUACAGAAAUUUUGAAAUGCUGGUAGGUUAGCACAAUAAACAUGAGUUUUAUACACAUUGGGAAUACAUCAUUGAACAUUCUGCACAUUUCAUAUGUGCUGUAUUUUUAUACAUGGUGCCUGUAUUACAUGUGUGUAUGCAGGCAGAGUAGAUUUAUUGCUAGUUUGAUGCACAAAUCUAUUUUCUUUAAGCUCUGACGAUUUCAAACACAUUUUUCAACCAGAAGGACCAAACACAGCCUAACCAGCUCACACCAAAAUCAGGAACAUAUACAGCUAGUUCUGUAAGUCCUUUUUUUCUCCAACUACACAAUGCUGUGGUUUGUGUAUGGGUGAUUGAUAUGACAGUCGUUUAUCAAAAGUAAGUUUUGAUUACAAUUUAUCUCCUGGGAAUUUCUUUCCAGUUUUUAAGAUGACGCUUAGCUCCGAAUUACUUAAUAGCUGGCUCUAUUCGCAGGUUCACUGAAAAAAACGAUGUUCUUUUUAUAUAAAGGUUGUUGUAAGGUGUCACAUUGUUCAUUAGCAUUUACAAGAUUCUCAUUUCUUACCAACAGGAGAAUUUUGUUACACGAGCCAGGUUGUGUAAUGGCUUAUCUUGUUGGUGAAUGUUUUUGGGGUUUUUUUUUGUUUUUUGGUUUUUUUUUCACUGGUUGAGAGCAGGAUGCUCACAUAUACUGGCCUUGACUCAUUUAAAGACUUAUUAAGGAUCAUGGAAAUGACACAACUGAACAACAGUAAACUGUACUUUCUGGUUUUUUCUUAAGUCUGUAAAGAAUUAAACUUAAAGAAUUAAAAUGUUAAAAAUAUCAGUCUA